GCCCUUCCCGUUUGAGCGGCAGACAAGAUGCAUGUGUAUAGUAACACGUACAAAUGGAAGUUGGGGGGGGGGGGGGGGGGGGGGGCGUUAUAUAGACAGGUAGACAGAGACCGGGGGGCAAGGAACAAGAGGCACAAGUUGAGGUUCGAUAUUGGAAGUGGAGGAGAGAGGCCCUGGUGUUAUCUACUCACUUCCCUUCUCUAGUUUUGUUCAUUCUCAUAGGCUUCAUUCUGAGGUCUCUUCAACUCUGCCCGACUCUCUUCAGCCUGAAAGACUCAGAGUCUUCCAGCUUCUGUACCUGGGUCUCAAAUGGUGAGUUGGGUCUUAACAGAAUGUGGCCUAAAGCCUCUCCCUAGAAUCUUUCCUCGACUCCGAGAUGGACUGGCAUCAAACAGUUCCUUUCCUUCCGAGGUGAGGCCGUUACCAAUCUUCAAAAGCUAUCGUCUUGUUUCUUCUUUGGGAGUAUCAAGUGGGUUUAGAGGAAACAGUUGGGCACUGAAUGUGAGUGCUCCACUAAGGGUCACAUCUGUGGGAGAGGGAGAUGAAAAUAGAGAGAGAAAUAGUGGGGUUAAUGGGCUUGAAGAUGAUGGUGAAUUCGACCCCGGUUCACCUCCUCCAUUUCGAUUGGCUGAUAUCCGAGCGGCCAUUCCAAAGCAUUGUUGGGUUAAAGACCCUUGGAGAUCUAUGAGCUAUGUUGUGAGGGAUAUGGUGGUGGUCUUUGGGUUGGCGGCUGUUGCGGCUUACUUUAACCAUUGGGUUGUCUGGCCUCUCUACUGGAUUGCUCAGGGGACAAUGUUCUGGGCUCUCUUUGUUCUUGGCCAUGACUGUGGUCAUGGGAGCUUCUCUAAUAAUCCUAAUCUCAAUAGUGUUGUGGGCCAUCUCCUUCAUUCUUCAAUCCUUGUCCCCUACCAUGGAUGGAGAAUUAGCCACCGGACUCAUCAUCAAAACCAUGGACACGUUGAGAAUGAUGAAUCGUGGCAUCCCUUGUCCGAGAAAAUUUACAAGAAUUUGGAUAAUGUCACCCGAACCUUGAGGUUUACCUUUCCUUUUCCAAUGCUUGCUUAUCCUUUCUAUUUGUGGGGUCGAAGUCCUGGAAAGAAGGGCUCUCAUUUUCACCCAAACAGCGACUUGUUUGUCCCAAAUGAAAGAAAAGAUGUUGUCACCUCAACUGCUUGUUGGACUGCAAUGGCUGCUCUGCUUGGGUAUUUAUCCUUUGUUAUGGGUCCUCUCCAAAUGCUUAAACUCUAUUUCAUUCCCUACUGGAUAUUUGUAAUGUGGCUAGAUCUAGUGACUUAUUUGCAUCACCAUGGCCACGAGGAGAAACUUCCUUGGUAUCGUGGAAAGGAAUGGAGUUAUCUGAGGGGAGGACUCACAACUCUUGAUCGGGAUUAUGGAAUAAUCAAUAACAUCCACCAUGAUAUUGGGACCCAUGUCAUACAUCACCUAUUCCCUCAAAUCCCACAUUACCACUUAGUAGAAGCAACUGAGGCAGCUAAGCCUGUGCUCGGGAAGUACCGCCGAGAACCGAAGAAGUCUGGUCCUCUCCCAUUUCAUUUAGUGGGAACCCUUAUAAGGAGCAUGAAACAAGAUCACUAUGUGAGCGAAACUGGAGAUGUUGUAUACUAUCAAACAGACCCCCAACUCUAUGGACCCGAGGCAUCAAAAUGAACAACUGAAGAUGGAUUUUUUAUUUGUUUUUUUUUUUUCACUUCUGACAUAUUAUCUGUCUUUGUAUCAAUAUCUCUCUGGCCUAUAUAUUAAAUCAUCUCUGUAUUAGCCGUAGUGGAAUAAUGAAGCCUAUCACAUUGUACAUGGACAUAAAUGUCUCAGUAUAAUAAAACUAAUUUUCUGAAAAAA